UCCGUGUGUUGUUGUGACGUUGCUUGACAUCGAACCGAAGGGUGACUGUGCUGUGACGGUGCGGUGCUGGCACGUGGCUGUUGGAGGACUCGUUGUGUCCUCUCUGUUUUGCUGCACGGUGGUAGACGUUGUCGUCGGCCAUCGCCGUGGUGGAGCGAUCGGGGGGCGGCUGGUGUUGGGGACGGCCGGAGCCGUGCGGGGGUGGAGGCGGGGGCGGCGGUGGUUGUCGCCUGGCCAGCAGUCCGAGCCCCGCCACAACCCUGGCGACGGACCACCAUCACCACCGCGUGGUGCCUUCCCUCGUGGUCAACAUUGGACCCUCCCGGAGCAUCAAGAUAUCGCCCGCCAAGGCGGAUGACAUGACUGAGCAGCUGCAAAAGAAGCGGCGGCUGAGUCUGUGUGUGGGCUGUGGAGCUCAAAUUCACGACCAAUAUAUCCUGAGAGUGGCCCCCGACCUGGAGUGGCACGCCGCCUGCCUCAAGUGUGCAGAGUGCCAUCAGUUCCUGGACGAAACCUGCACCUGCUUCGUCAGAGACGGCAAGACGUACUGCAAGAGGGACUACGUUAGGUUGUUCGGGACCAAGUGUGACAAGUGCGGACUGAGUUUCAGCAAAACCGACUUCGUCAUGCGAGCCAAAACGAAGAUCUACCACAUCGAGUGUUUUCGGUGUAGCGCCUGUGAACGACAUCUGAUCCCGGGAGACGAGUUUGCGCUCCGUGAAGAUGGGCUGUUCUGCAAGGAGGACCACGAAGUGCUGGAAAAGGCGACGAACCGCGAGAACAACAACAACACGACCAACGUGAACAACAACAACAGUAGUCAUAACAAUAAUAACGAGGGCUCCAAUUCAGAUUCUUCCGAAUCUGGCUCGAACAAGGGUCGGGAAGGGAGUCGGGUCAGCGGGUCAACGAAGGUGUCGUCGGACGGGAAACCGACGCGGGUGCGCACCGUGUUAAACGAGAAGCAGCUCCACACCUUACGAACGUGCUACAACGCCAACCCCCGGCCGGAUGCUCUCAUGAAGGAACAGCUGGUCGAGAUGACGGGCCUCAGCCCUCGAGUCAUCAGGGUCUGGUUCCAGAACAAACGCUGCAAGGACAAAAAGAAAGCAAUCCUCAUGAAGCAGCAGAUGCAACAGGAGAAGGCUGGCGGGGCGUUCGGCCGCCUGAUUCUGUUCUCGGGGGCAGUAUAUUACGAAAAUGACGGCAGGAAAUUAGGGUACGGGAGCAUGCAGGGGAUCCCCAUGGUGGCGUCGAGUCCAGUACGUCACGAGAGCCCCUUGGGUAUCAACCCUAUCGAGGUACAGUCGUACCAACCGCCCUGGAAAGCCCUCACCGAAUUCGCAUUGCACACAGACCUGGAUCGCCUCGAUCCAUCAGCACCUCCGUUUCAACAACUGGUAAGUCAGAUGCACGGGUAUGAUCUGCACGGGGCGCCGCCCCCCUCACACGACCUCGGCCCCCCGCCCAGCGACAUGGCGCACCCGGACUCGACAGAUUCUUACGUCACCUACUUGGAGAGCGACGACAGCCUGCACCACGACACGUCCAGCCCAUAACGCGGGCUCCGCCGCCGACUCUCGCAUCCAAGGUUUUGUUUGUUGUUGCAGAUUCUGCCAUAUGCUUCCUGCAGGAGGAGGCACGUGUCUUCAACCGGCAGCAUCAGCGAGUUAUGUCACUAGUGUAGCCGCGGGAAUGUGUAUAAAGCAAGAGAAACUCUAAAAGUAUCGAAAUAUAUAGAUCACUGUGUGAACUCACACCGAGGCAGCGUUCACUUGCACUCCACUGAUUCGUUACACAAAGUGGCUCAUUUGUAUCUAUAGCGAUAUCUGUAGUCACAGCUCAGAGAAACUGUGAAACGGUUAGUAAAAUGAUCUGCUGUCGAAUUUCUUAAUUGAAAUUACAUUUGUUAAUACGGGUUGAUUUAUCCAUAAAUAAAUAAAUAUUGUAUGGGACUACCGAAACUAUCUGUUUUCCACCAAGAUUUUCCUUAAACUGUCGCCGCUGAAAAUAAACAAUUAUUGAAAGUUGUGACGUCACACACAUUAACCCGGGUGAGGCUUAGAAGUCGGUUUUUCUGUACUUAUUCGUAAUUAGCUUUCCUCUGCCGUUUUACAAACUGUUCGUGUAGUUAUCGACACUAAGAUGUAUUCGUGCCGGUCACGGUAGCCGAGCGGUCUAAAGCAUGUGCUGUCUUCGCUCGCUCGGAAGCCUGGAUCGUGGGUUCG